ACGAGCUUCGCAGACUGCGUAUUCGGGGCGGCUUGAUGUUCCGGUGGUUGCUCGGAGGUUCGACUUGGGAGGAGGGUAUCAAGAAACUGAUAAUGUUUCCUUGAAUUCGCGUAUGUAUUUGUCUCAUCAAUGUCACUCAUAUUGAAUAUCUUAAGAGAAAUGCUGGAAUAUUUUGGUGUUCCCAUAGACCAGGUUUUGCAGAUUAGAGAAAAUAAAGACUAUGGAUCAGCUCGGAGUAUUGUUCGUAUUAUUGGGAAAAUUCUUCCUCUAGAACCUUGUCCCAGGCCUAAUUUUGAGUUGAUCCCACUAUUGAAUUCUGUAGACUCUGGUAACUGUGGACCUGUAGUUCCAUCUUUUGCUGAUACUCUGUGUGUGGCAAAUGAUGAAGAAGCGAGUUAUCUCAGAUUUCGACAGAAUAAACGAAUGAAAAGUGAUGGGACUGUAGGCGAAGCUGCAUUUAAAAAGAUAGCUGCCCUUGAAGAGGAGCUGACUUUUCUUCGCACCCAGAUCGCUGCCAUCGUGGGAAGGAGGGAACUGAAAGCCAGUAGGCUUGUUGGCUUCUUUGACUUGAAUGAUGAGCCUCGUGGUUUGGGACGAAGACCAUCACCAGGGACUGCUGAACUGAGUGCCCAGCCAGAUCCAUUUUCAAGUUCAAUGCUUUUCCCUCCUCCUCCUCCUCUUCCUCCUCCACUGCCCCCUCAGCUUUUUUCUCCACAGCCAACCUGUUCUCCUCUCACACAGUCAGGAUCUAAUAAUAUGUGUGACUCAGAUAAUUCUGCAAAUGAAAUGAAAAAACAGCAUCCGGCUGACAGUAAGACCAAUUCCAGUCAUUCAAAAAACCAGGAAAAUAAAGAUGUUCCAAACAUGUUGGAUGUACUAAAGGACAUGAAUAAGGUUAAACUUCGUGCUAUUGAACGGUCACCUGGAGGUAGACCCAUUCAUAAGAGGAAAAGACAAGAUUCACAUUGGGAUGCAGUGUCUUUAAUAUCCCAUGCACUUAAGCAGAAGUUUGCAUUCCAAGAAGAUGAUUCCUUUGAGAAAGAAAAUAGGUCUUGGGAAUCUUCUCCGUUUUCUAGUCCAGAAACUUCAAGAGUGAGCUAUAAUAACGUAAAGUUAGUGUUUUAAUUUUUCUUAAGUGUGUCGUUCAUGAUACAUCUUCACCUUCAGGUUCUCUUGAAGUACUUGCACAGAAUGGGCCAUGCGGUUGUUGGCUGGUACCGCGUCUGUUUCUGUGGUUUCUGUUCCCUUUCACACGUUCUUUUUAGCUUUUUGGCUUACUAUGAAGUUUUUUGAAAUAAAACACUUGAUUUGAAAAAUACUUGUGUGUGAGUCUGUCAAGGUUUCUCCUGACAGGUGCUAACUUGAUGUCGCUGUCUGCAGUUGGGACAAGGUGUCUGAAACUCAAAGAGACCAGAGAAUGGUGACAGAUUCCCUCACUGGAGUUACAUGGAUACUCCCAGUAUUUCUCUUAACUAUAAAGACUGGGUUAUUUAGUUAAAUAGAAUGUUAACAGUGCUUUUUAAAAAGUAGCUAGGAUCGUAGUUCUCUUCAGUGACCACGUUUCUUGGCUCCCGGCAUGGAUCGGAGCGGGAGAAACGGCCCCACUCAGUCUCUGAGUUACUCGGUGUGCGUGUGCCAUCUCUAACAUUAAUCAUGUCAACUCUGGAAAUUCUUAACUCUAAGAAGGCAAAAAAGUAUAGUGUACUUUAGAAUUACUACAAUCAUAAAGCACAAGUGUUCCUAAAAAUUAAUGUUUAGCAUUUGUGUAGAAAUGUCUAACUUGGGAGUACUUUUUUGCUCACCUCAUUUGAUCCUCACAGCACCAUCCUAAAAAUAAAUAGAACUAAAACUAAGUUAGUAUUACCUGUCUCUCCCUGAGGAAAUAAUCCUCAGAGUGCCAAAGUAAUCUAGGUGUAACCCUUCAUCUAACUGGCACAGCAGACACUGGAGCUUGGUUUAUUAACAUUUUAGGGUGUCUGAAAACCUUCAGUCACAUAUGCGAGUCACUUGUGUGGGACACACUUCCAGUGACGGUGGGUGAAUGAGGGAUUAAUUACGGGGUUGUCUCACUGCUCACU